AUGUUGCCAUUAUUGAUAUCUUCUUCAAGGUGUUCAGUUAGUUUCAGCUAUACUGAUUCCAAUAAAACACUUGUUAUAUCAGGUGAUGGUGAGUUUACAGCUGCAGAUAUUACCAAAAUCUUUGGUGAUCAUAAGAAUUUUACACAUCUUCAAAUCUAUGGCGCAAUCACUACUAUUCCAGAUUUAGCAUUCAAUGGAUCAGAAGUUUUAACAGAUAUUGUAAUUCAAGCACCAAUUUCCAAGUUUGGCAUUCAAUCAUUUUCUAACUGCUUCGCUCUUCAAUCAUUUACAAUUCCUGAAACUGUUGAUUCACUUGGAAAUUCGUGUUUUGCUUCCUGCACUAACCUAAAAACCCUUCAAUAUCAUGUCCAUACAAUGACUUAUGGCGAUAGUGCUUUCCAAGGAUGCAAGAACUUAGUUUCAUUCAUUCAAGUUAAUAACGAUACCUCUAAACCAAUCGAAGGAAUGAAGCAUUCAUUUGGUCAGUCUUGCUUCCAAGGAUGCGCCGCUUUAACAACUAUUGCACUUCCUCCAAAUACAGCAUCUAUGGGAGAUAGCAUAUUCCAGGGAUGCACAGCCCUUACAUCAUUCAAUUCUACAUCUGAUUUAACAGAACUUCCAAGACUGGCAUUCAAAGGAUGCAACAAGUUACACACAAUCAAUAUUCCAGAUGUAGAAACCAUUGGUGUCAGUGCAUUUGAAGACUGCUCUUCUUUGAGUGCAUUUACAUUCAAGAACAUCAAACUCAUUAAGUUAUACGCAUUCAAGAACUGCAAGUUCAACUCAAUUCCAUUAGAUACAUUUGAUUUCAAGAUGGAAGGUUAUGUUUUCUACCAAAACAAUAAUCUCAAAUCAUUCUCAAUGCCACCAAGCAUGGAUGUUGUCCCUGAAUUCACAUUUUACGGAUGUGGCUCAUUAGAUACUAUUACAUACAGAGGAAACAUCAAAACAAUCAAGAAUUCCGCUUUCAGACAAGCAAACAUUUUAACAUUCGAAAUUCCAAAGACAUGUGAAACAAUUGAACCAUUUGUCUUUGCAGAAAUGACAAGAGUCAAUGGUUUCACAAUUCCUCCAGAAAACAAAUUCUUCUAUUAUGAUGCUAAUCAAAAGCUCCUUUACAACUAUGACAGAACAAAGUUAAUCCAUUCAAUCUGGACAUCAAAUGCGGCCAACCUUGUUUUCGAUGAGCAUUUGACAUCAAUCGAAGGAUGGCCAUUCACUGAUUCAAAUGUCCAUACAAACUAUACAAUGCCAAGUGCUCUUGUUUCUCUUGGUGAUGCAGUCUUCAGAAAGAACUCCAAAUUAACAGUUCUUGCUUUCCCACCAAAUCUUGAAAGAAUUCCUACAAGAUGCUGCUACCAAUGUGAAUCUCUUACAACAGUUUACUUAGGCAACGUAAAAGUCAUUGGUGCUCAAGCUUUCAGUUACUGCACCAAAUUGGCAAACAUAGUAUUACCACCAACCCUUGAAAGCAUUGAGAACUAUGCAUUCGCUCAAUGCAGUGCUCUUACAACCAUUGAAUUCCCGAAGAAAAUCUCUGAAAUCCAAUUCGGUGCUUUCUAUCAAUGCAACCUUCAAUAUGUUGAUGUUCCAGAUACAGUCAAGUUCAUGCCACAUACUGUUUUCGCAAAGAAUCCAAACCUCAAGUCCAUUAAGUUCAAUGGUGCUUAA